ACCCAAAUUCUAGCUGCAUACAGUCGCACCCCAACUCCAUCUGCAACAAACAAAAGCCCCUCGUUUCCUCUCUGAACUCCACAUUUUCUUUCUCCUAUCAACUAUGGCGACAGCAGUAGUAGCACCUUCUCAACCCCGUAAACUCCCACGGCCAGGCCGCGGCGGCGUAGUCUCACACGGCCUAACCGAGGAAGAAGCCCGUGUCAAAGCAAUCGCCGAAAUCGUCUCACAAAUGGUAGACCUCUCAAGGAAAGGCGAAACUGUAGACCUUAACUUCAUCAAAUCCGCCGCCUGCCGUAAGUACGGCCUCUCCCGCGCGCCCAAGCUCGUGGAAAUGAUCGCCGCCGUGCCGGACUCGGACCGCGAAGCUCUCCUCCCUAAACUCCGGGCUAAGCCCGUGCGAACCGCCUCCGGUAUUGCGGUUGUUGCGGUGAUGUCGAAGCCUCAUAGGUGUCCACACAUUGCUACUACUGGGAAUAUUUGUGUGUAUUGCCCAGGUGGCCCAGAUUCUGAUUUUGAGUAUAGUACUCAGAGUUAUACUGGGUAUGAACCCACCAGUAUGCGAGCUAUUCGUGCCAGAUAUAACCCUUAUGUCCAGGCCAGAAGCAGGAUUGAUCAGCUCAAGCGAUUGGGUCACAGUGUGGAUAAGGUUGAGUUCAUCUUGAUGGGUGGUACUUUUAUGUCACUGCCGGCAGACUACCGUGAUUAUUUUACAAGGAACCUGCACGAUGCCUUAUCUGGACACACAUCUGCAAAUAUUGAAGAAGCUGUUGCAUACUCUGAACACAGUUCAGUAAAAUGUAUUGGAAUGACUAUUGAGACGAGACCGGACUACUGCCUUGGCCCUCAUUUGCGGCAGAUGCUAUCAUAUGGGUGCACGCGACUGGAGAUAGGAGUUCAAAGCACAUACGAGGAUGUUGCGCGGGACUCGAAUAGAGGUCAUACAGUAGCUGCCGUAGCUGAUUGCUUUUGCUUGGCUAAGGAUGCUGGUUUCAAGAUUGUUGCUCAUAUGAUGCCCGAUCUUCCAAAUGUGGGGGUUGAGAGGGAUAUGGAAAGCUUCAAGGAAUUCUUUGAGAGCCCUGCUUUUAGAGCUGAUGGACUUAAAAUAUAUCCAACUCUUGUUAUUCGUGGAACUGGGCUUUACGAGCUCUGGAAAACUGGCAGGUAUAGAAAUUACCCUCCCGAACAACUUGUGGAUAUUAUAGCUAGGAUUUUGGCUAUGGUGCCUCCUUGGACCCGUGUUUAUCGAGUACAGCGUGACAUACCUAUGCCUUUGGUUACUUCCGGUGUUGAGAAAGGAAAUCUUCGUGAAUUGGCUUUAGCUCGAAUGGAUGAUCUAGGACUCAAAUGUCGUGAUGUGCGAACAAGAGAAGCUGGAAUUCAGGAUAUUCACCACAAGAUAAGACCAGAAGAAGUGGAGCUUGUUCGUCGUGAUUAUGCAGCCAAUGAGGGCUGGGAAACGUUCCUCUCUUAUGAAGAUACACGACAGGACAUUCUUGUAGGUCUCCUCCGUCUAAGGAAAUGUGGUAGGAAUGUCACUUGUCCUGAACUCACUGGGAAGUGUUCAAUUGUUCGUGAACUUCACGUUUAUGGAACUGCAGUUCCUGUCCAUGGACGGGAAGCAGAUAAGUUACAACACCAGGGUUAUGGUACUCUACUAAUGGAAGAGGCGGAACAUAUUGCCCGAAGGGAGCAUAGGUCAACGAAGAUGGCUGUUAUCUCUGGUGUUGGAACCCGGCAUUACUACAGGAAAUUGGGUUAUGAACUUGAGGGACCUUACAUGGUGAAAUAUCUUGUGUAAUGGGCAUCCUCAUAGCAACGAAGAUUUUGUUGUACACUUUGCCAUAGAUCUAGAUCAGACUAACUAACCAUAUGUAUAUUGUGAAUUUUGAUAGUUGCCUAUCAUUUAGUUGGUUGUCAUUUUAGUCUUGUUAUAUUGCUGAUUUUGAUGUACCAGAAAAGUGAAAUGAAAAGAGAGCAUUUCGAUUCAAUAAUGAAUUAUGCAUAUGUGAAA